AUGGACGUCUCGCAUCCUGACUCGACCAAUUAUGGCAACCACCUCAGUGCAGACGACGUUCAUGACAUCUUCGCACCUAGCGAGGAGACCACGCAAGCUGUGAAGGCGUGGUCUGUCAGUUCCGGUGUCGAAGAAGAGGAUAUCAUGCACUAUACCAAUCGCGGAUGGCUUGCAGUUGAUCUGCCAGUGACUCAGGUCGAGUCGAUGCUUGGUGUGGAGUACUACGAACACGAAGACAGUCAAGGCCGCACGAGAGUUGGCUGCGACGAAUAUCAUCUACCAGCACAUCUGUCCGAACACGUCGACUUCAUCAAACCUGGUAUUGUGCUGUCAGCGCCUCUGAGAAAGCGCGUGCUCAAGCGUGAUGGUGAGCAAUCCGGACCCCCAAGAGGUGGUCCUGGCUGGGGCUGGGGACCACCGCACUAUCCAUCUCACCCGUGGCCUCACUGGAACCUCCUCCUGGCUCUGGCGGACUACCAUUUGAUGUUCAGAAUUGUGGUGUCAAUAUCACUUCUUUACGAUAUCCCAAAUGCCAAAUACAGCGAUCCAGCCAACAAGCUCGGCAUCUUCGAAUAUGGAGACGUUUUCGCUCAAGGAGACAUUGACAAGUUCUUUGCCAAGUUUGCACCUCAGAUCCCGCAGGGCACUGCGCCACAGGUUGAUUCUAUUGAUGGUGGUGAGGCGCCUGUGGCUGUCAACAGCCUGUACAACACUGGCGAGUCGGAUGUUGGUCUAAGUUUGGGUUAUGCCCUGAUCUACCCUCAGCAGAUUAUCGUCUAUCAGACCGACGAUAUCCCAACAACCACAGGAGAACGCAACAACGGAGGCUAUGCAGGCUUCCUGAACGAUUUCAUUGACGCGAUUGACGGCUCCUACUGCAACUACACAGCCUACGGCAUCACCGGCAACUCCCCUGGCACCGACCCAAGCUGGCCAGAUCCCGAACAAGGCGGAUACAAAGGCCAGCUCAUGUGCGGCACGUACUCUCUCACCCGCGGCCUCAGCGCAUCUUAUGGUGAGCCGGAGAUUGAUCUUCCCAAACCUUACGUCGAGAGACACUGUAACGAGUUCAUGGAGCUUGGUCUGCAAGGCCACAGUGUCCUCUUCUCCAGCAGCGACUUUUGCGUUGGAGGCUCCCCGGACCCGAACAGGAAUAAUUGCAUCUCGUCGACGACGAUGAACAAUUCCAUCUAUAAUCCGGACUACCCGAGCGGAUGCCCGUACAUCACGUCUGUCGGCGGCACGAGACUUUACCCGAAUGACACUAUCAACGACCCGGAGAGUGCCAUGAGUGUGAAUCUGACGGCGUUCAAUAUUGCCACGGGCGAGGGGACGCCGACCGAGACGGACGCAUAUUUCGGGUCCGGCGGUGGCUUCUCCAACUACUUCUCCCCCCCAGCCUACCAACAAGCCGCCGUGGCAAAAUACCUAGCCGAGCACAACGACCAGAAAUCCUACAUCGUAAACAGCGACGCCUCGAACAUCGGCGAGAACAACGGCGUCUACAAACGCGCCGGAAGAGGCUACCCCGACGUCUCCGCCAACGGCGCCUUCCUCCAAAUCUUCAACAAUGCCACCCAAAUCACCAUCUUCGGCACCUCCCUCUCCGCCCCAAUCUUCGGUUCCGUCCUCACCCUCCUCAACGAAGAACUGACCCGGGCGGGGAAACCGCCCGUGGGGUUCGUAAAUCCCGCGCUGUACGCACAUCCGUAUGUCUUGAAUGAUAUCACAAAUGGGUCGAAUGCGAACUGUGGCGGGCCCGGGUUCGAGACGGCGGUAGGGUGGGAUCCGGUGACGGGGUUGGGGACGCCGGAUUAUCCUAGGAUGUUGGAGUUGUUCAUGGGGUUGAAGUAA